AUGAACCCUAAUCUCCAACUCAACACUGUGUACUUCAGCUCAGAUACCAAACAGAUGCUAGAGAGAAAGAUAGAAGGCAAAUUAGAAGGAGCAGUGAAGCCAGCCUUUUGUUGUUCUUCCUAUGUUGAACAGGAACGUAAAGGGACAGCAAAAGUAGAUUUCUUGAAGAAAAUUGAAAAAGAGAUUCAGCAAAAGUGGGAUGAUGAGCGAGUCUUUGAGAUUAAUGCUUCGGAUGGGCUGAACCAGAAGAGCAAAGGAAAGUACUUUGUCACCUUUCCAUAUCCCUACAUGAAUGGCCGCCUUCACCUGGGACACACGUUUUCUUUAUCCAAAUGUGAGUUUGCAGUUGGGUAUCAGAGGCUGAAAGGAAAGAACUGUUUGUUCCCAUUUGGUCUACACUGCACCGGGAUGCCUAUAAAGGCUUGUGCAGAUAAGCUAAAAAGAGAAAUGGAAUUAUAUGGCUGCCCACCUGAAUUUCCUGAUGAGGAGGAAGAGGAGGAGGAAAAUUCUACCAAAAAAGAGGAAGAGAUUAUCAUCAAAGACAAAGCAAAGGGCAAAAAGAGUAAGGCUGCUGCCAAGACGGGCUCUUCUAAAUACCAGUGGGGAAUCAUGAAGUCUUUGGGUCUUUGUGACGAAGAAGUAGUCAGUUUUUCUGAAGCUGAGCAUUGGUUAGAUUAUUUCCCUCCCCUUGCUGUCCGGGACCUGAAAAGCAUGGGAUUGAAGGUGGAUUGGAGACGUUCUUUCAUUACCACAGAUGUUAACCCAUUUUAUGAUUCCUUUGUCCGAUGGCAAUUCCUUACUUUAAGAGAAAGAAAUAAGAUUAAGUUUGGGAAGCGAUAUACAAUUUAUUCUCCAAAAGAUGGGCAGCCUUGCAUGGAUCAUGACAGGCAAACAGGAGAGGGUGUUGGACCACAAGAAUAUACUCUAAUAAAAAUGAAGGUGCUAGAUCCUUAUCCUGCAAAAUUAAGUGGCCUGAGAGGAAAAAAUAUCUUCUUGGUGGCUGCUACGCUCAGGCCAGAGACCAUGUUUGGACAGACUAACUGCUGGGUUCGACCAGAUAUGAAGUACAUUGGCUUUGAAACUGUGAAUGGAGAUAUUUUUAUCUGUACUCAAAGAGCUGCCAGGAACAUGUCCUACCAGGGCUUUACAAAAGAUAAUGGAGUUGUACCUGUUGUCAAGGAGCUGAUGGGAGAAGAGAUUCUUGGCGCUGCACUUUCUGCACCCUUAACUUCCUACAAAGUUAUAUUUGCUCUUCCCAUGCUCACAAUUAAGGAAGAUAAAGGAACUGGAGUGGUAACAAGUGUUCCUUCCGAUUCGCCUGAUGACAUCGCAGCCCUGAGAGAUUUGAAAAAAAAACAGGCUUUGAGGGUGAAGUAUGGCAUCAAAGAUGAAAUGGUCCUGCCAUUUGAACCGGUGCCCAUCAUUGAAAUCCCAGGCUAUGGCAACCUCUGUGCUCCAUUUGUCUGUGAUGAGCUCAAAAUCCAGAGUCAAAAUGACAGAGAGAAACUUGCUGAGGCCAAGGAGAGAGUAUACCUGAAGGGAUUUUAUGAGGGAGUAAUGUUGGUGGAUGGGUUCAAAGGACAGAAAGUUCAAGAUGUCAAGAAACUUAUUCAGAAGAUGAUGGUGGAUAAUGAUGAAGCCAUGAUUUAUAUGGAACCUGAGAAACAAGUUAUGUCAAGGUCUGCAGAUGAGUGUGUUGUGGCCCUUUGUGACCAGUGGUAUUUGGAUUAUGGUGAAGUGAGCUGGAAGAAGCAGGCAUCAGAGUGCUUGAAACAUCUAGAGACGUUUUGUGAAGAGACUAGGAGAAAUUUUGAAGCUACUUUCAAUUGGCUGCAAGAGCAUGCGUGCUCCAGGACAUACGGCCUAGGUACCCGUUUGCCUUGGGAUGAGCAGUGGCUGAUAGAAUCGCUCUCUGACUCGACUAUCUACAUGGCUUAUUACACUGUUGCUCAUCUGUUACAGGGAGGUAACCUGAGAGGCCAAGGAGAAUCUCCCCUAGGCAUUAGGGCACAUCAAAUGAGCAAAGAAGUUUGGGAUUACAUCUUCUUCAAGACAGCUCCAUUCCCUAAGACAGAGAUUCCAAAAGAAAAACUGGACAAGCUAAAAGAAGAGUUUGAAUUUUGGUAUCCUGUGGAUCUCAGAGUUUCUGGCAAAGAUCUUGUUCCAAAUCACCUGUCAUACUACCUCUAUAGCCAUGUGGCUAUGUGGCCAGAAAGAGAAAAGUGGCCAGUAGCUGUGAGAGCAAAUGGACAUCUCCUUCUCAAUUCUGAAAAGAUGUCUAAAUCUACAGGCAACUUUCUUACCUUAGCUCAAGCUGUUGACAAGUUUUCUGCAGAUGGCAUGCGUUUAGCAUUGGCUGAUGCUGGAGAUACUGUUGAAGAUGCCAACUUUGUGGAGGCCAUGGCAGAUGCUGGUAUUCUGCGUCUCUACACAUGGGUGGAGUGGGUAAAGGAGAUGAUUGGAAAUAGAGACAGUUUAAGAAGUGGUCCUGCCAACACCUUCAAUGACAGAGUCUUUGCCAGUGAAAUCAGUGCAGGUAUAAUGAAGACGGACCAAAAUUAUGAGAAGAUGAUGUUUAAAGAAGCUCUCAAAACUGGCUUCUUUGAAUUUCAGGCAGCAAAAGACAAGUAUCGUGAGCUGGCUAUAGAAGGAAUGCACAGGGACUUGGUGUUCCAGUUUAUUGAAGUUCAGACUCUGCUACUGGCUCCUAUCUGUCCCCACUUAUGUGAGCACAUCUGGUUGCUGCUGGGGAAGCCUGAUUCCAUCAUGAGAGCCUCAUGGCCAAUUAUAGGUCCUGUGGAUGAGGUGUUAAUUCGGUCUUCUCAGUACCUCAUGGAAGCAGCUCAUAACCUGCGACUCAAUCUCAAGAACUACAUGGCACCAUUUAAAGGAAAGAAAAGUACUAAGGAGCCUUCCCAGAAGCCUUCUCACUGUACCAUCUAUGUGGCAAAGAACUACCCUCCCUGGCAACACACCACCUUAUCAGUUCUGCGAAAGCACUAUCAGGUCAGUGGAGGUCAGCUGCCAGAUAAUAAAGUAAUUGCCAGCGAGCUGAGCACCUUGCCAGAACUGAAGAAAUAUAUGAAGAAGGUUAUGCCUUUUGUUGCCAUGAUUAAGGAGAAUCUGGAGAAGAAUGGUUCACGUGUUCUUGAUCUGGAGCUGGAAUUUGAUGAACGGGCGGUGCUCAUGGAGAAUAUAGUUUAUUUGACAAAUUCCCUGGAGCUAGAUCAUAUUGAGGUGAAGUUUGCUUCUGAAGCAGAAGAUAAAAUAAAAGACGACUGCUGUCCUGGAAAACCAUUUUCAACUUUCAGAACUGAGCCCAGUGUAUCUGUGUUUAUGGUGAACCCUCAACCAUCAAAUGGCCACUUCUCUACAAAAAUAGAAAUCAGACAAGGAGAUAGUAGGGACACAGUGAUCAGGCGCUUAAUGAAGAUGGACAGAGGAAUCAAAGAUCUCUCUAAAGUGAAGCUGAUGAGGUUUGAUGAUCCUGUACUUGGACCACGCCGUGUUCCAGUCCUUGGUAAAGAAGAAGUGGAGAAAACUCCUAUUUUAGAGCAAGCAAUUUUCCAUAUUGACCUGACCGAGAAACAUGUUCACAUUACUGAGAAUGGUCUGACAAAGGAUGUUGGCGACACAAUUGUUUAUCUAGUUCAUUAAGUUGGCACAUGCCUGGUUUGAUCAUUGACAUUGAGAAAGUUCGUAGAGUGACUUUGAAAGCAUCUGUAAUAAACCAAGAUGAAUAUUU